GGGUUUCGGGCGGAGAUGAGCAGUGGGUGCCGGGUGAAGCAGAUUUUCUCUUCCAAAAUGACUAUACAAGCUCUGGUUUUGUGUUUGGCAUAUUCUGGGCUUGGAAAGGCAAAUGUGGUUCCGCAGGCUGGAUACACAGCAGUGAGGAUGGGUGACAGUGUGACUCUGAGUUGUGCCCUGACAAAACCCAUGGAUGUUCUGCAAGUGACAUGGCAAAAGGACUCAGAAGAAUUACAUGAUAAUAUAGCUACAUACAGUGAAACGAACGGAUUAAGGAUUCAGAAGCCCUAUAAAGACAGAAUGAAUUUCACAAGUUUGGAACUCAACAAGACAAGCAUAACUUUUUGGGACACUAGAAUGGAUGAUUCAGGAUGUUACAAGUGUCUCUUCAAUGUUUUCCCUUCUGGUCCUCUCUCAGGAAAUACCUGCCUGAGUGUUUUUGGUCUCAAUGCAUCUGUCCAUCACAACAUUUCUGAAGAUCAUCUGAUAGUCAUUUGUAAUGCUAAUGGCCUCCCAGAGCCCACCAUCACCUGGAACAACCUGUUCAACUCUACUCCUACACAGAAGACAGUCAAGCACAAAAAUGGGAUUGUGUCCAUCACCAGUACACUGGAAAUCUACCAUAUUCAGAGCAUCAGUGCACAGGAUUUGACCUGCAAAGUAAGCAACACAAAUGAAACAUUUGAAAUACCUGUGAAAAUAAAAGGAGAAGAGGGAUCAUCAUUGCUUUGGCUGGUGAUUAUUGUGGUGCUUUUAGUAGUCAUGAUAGUUCUGAUUCUGUUCUGGAGGAAGAUCCUAUGCAGGAGGAGUUGAAGUGGAUCCUUGAGGAUUUCCAUCCAUCUGCUAGAUCAUUAGAAGCUAGCAGCCUGAAGUCAACAUUACACAUAGUGACUUGACUGGCUGGAAAAAGCAGCAAAAGAAGAAGACAUCAUAUAUACUGCCCUAUCUGGAAGCUGAGUUGAUCACUGAAACAACUAACACAGUGUUUGCUAUUUGGUCUAGGCCCUUAAUCUUAAUAUGUAGGACUGGAGGGACUACUUGGUUAGCUGCUCUGCAGAGGAGGAGAUUUUGUCAGGCAAAACCUUCUUUGCCCAUGCCACUCUUGAUACUGCUGCUGGGCAAAAUGUAUUUGUCUUCUUCCAGCUGAGUUCUGAAAAUGUCCAGGGAUAGAAGCUCUGCAGACUGUCUAGGGAUUCUCUUCCAGCACCCAAUUGCUCUUGCAUUAGAGAGUAGAGAGGAUUUAAUUUUUGCCAACAUGUGUCUGCAAUUUCACUUUCAGCAAAUCUUGAGUUCAUCACCCUCUUCCUGUCAUAUGGUUUUUCUUCUCUUAUCCAGUUAUUCCAGCUCCUUUUUCUCUGUUUGGAAAGAUCUGCUGGACUCAAAAUCACAGGACUCAAACUAUACAGCAUUUGGCAAAAUUAUAGGGGAAGAACAAUAGGUUUCCAAGCAGGUGACUAAGUAAAGGCAGUAGCAGCCAGAAUUUAUAAAGAAGAAUUGUAAAUAAUUUGUACAAUAUAUAAGUAAUUUACUUUAUUUUACUUUUUUUCCUAAUCCUAGAGUGUUUUCUUCUGUGUUUUAUGAGUUUUUUGGAGAUGUGUGUGGUGGGGUUAAAUAUGUAAGUGAGGAGAAGAUGGUUACAAAGCCCAGUAGUGGAAACAUUGUCCCUAUCGUACUCCUUGCUGUGCUGUCAAAAGGCAUGGAUUUUGUCAAUAGUUCUUGUGCUCAACUUAUGCACUGUUCAGAGUAGUCUUCCCUGUCUUCAUCCAUUUUUAUUGUGUCUUUUUAAACACAGAUAAGUUGCUUAGCUGGCUAAAAGCUUUUAUUCCAUGGCUGGACCUCAUUGGGUGGGAUGUCACACGCUGAGUGGUGUCACACUGUCCUGUGUCACCACUGUGGCUGCAAUAUCAGCUGGCAGUCCUAUAGAGAGAGAUUACUGAUUUGUCAUGCUUUUGGGAGCAGACAAAGACACUGCACUAUUCUUAGGAGCUGGGACCUAAUUCUGCUCCUGUCCCAGGCUGGAUUGGAGCUUCUCUCCCGCUGUUCCAAGUUGCUUAUCACUGCCAGCCCAAGCCUGCUGGUCCGGCCAUUUCCAUGCUUAAAGUUUCAAGUGCCUGACCCCCUCUGAGCAGGCUGCUCAGGAGUGCCGUGCACUCCUGGACAUUGCCCUGCAGCUCCUCAUCUUUGUGAGGGGUUGAAGGCUCCAGGUGUCCUCUGCCUCUGUGCUUGUUUUGGUUGGGACAGAGUUAAUUUUCUUGAUAGACGUUAGUAUGAGGCUGUUGUGGUUCAAAUUUAUUUUAUUGAUUCCUUUUUAAGUGGUUUGUUCUGUUGUACCCCCAUGUUCUCUCCAAGCUGGUUUACCCCUGGGUUUUACCCUCCCUCAAAGCUGUCCCUCAUGCCAUUCCCUGCCCCUUGUUCCAGCUCUUUCCCUGUCUGUCAAGGCAACCCAGCCCUUGAUUCCCAAACGUUCUCUGCCACUUAAACCUCGGGCCAAUCCCUGUCUGCAACAUCCCUUUGGAGUUCCCCUACUCCUGGAAGCCCUAUUGGCCCAUAUGACCCACCCUCACCCUCCUACCCCUAUUGGACCCAGACACUUGAUGUAAUCCCCUCCCUCCUCCCCACAGGGUUCCCUAUUGGUUAGCUGUUUGUACCCUGACUUGUAUCUGGCCCUACCUGCUUGUACAAUGGAGCCUGAGGCUUUCUGUCCUGCUCCCUUCACCUGGAAUAAACCAUUCCUUGUGGAACCUCAAGACAGAGAGCCUCCUCCUUUCUCCUCUGCCUAGUCCCUGUCGUGGCUUGUGUCUGGCACCUUAGAGCAAGUGGCUCUAAAGGUUCUGCCUCUGGUAAAUUCCCAUACCGAAGCAGGUCCCCACUCCUGGUGUGGUGCCAGAGCUCUAAAAGCUAGCCCAGGUUCCGGCAGCCACUUCAUGAGGCUACCAUUCUGACUGUCCCCUUCCUUCCUGGGGGACUGUGCAAGCAGCUGAGUGGUGCUCAGUUGCUGCUGGGGUCAAACCAUGACAGCAUCUGAGCACCUUUGCAGGGCUCUGCACCUUCUCCACAGGGCAAAGAUUGCUAAAUGCAAGCCUACCUCUGGAUGUACCUUCUUAGUGGCCCAUUUUUACUGACAGGACAGACAGAUGAGAGGACUGCAGGGGAUCCUCUGGUGAUUUUUUGUUCAGCUGAUGAGUGCUAGAGUUUAAGGUGUUUCUUGUUCUUCCUUCUGUCUGAAUGUUUAUCAUUGUAUCAAAAUCACUGACAGUAUUCUCUUUUUCUUUUGGCUUUGAUGAGCAUUUGUUUGUGCAUCUGAAAUACUCCUUCAUAACAGAGUGUGUAGCAUUUUGGAUUGUGCCUUUUUAUGUCAUAUGUUUACUAAGGGUACCAACUGUCAAGCUGAAAAAUCAGCAAUAGAGAUUUAAAACUUAGUGUUCAGAACAAGUAUUUUGCUGGUUCUAAAGCUGUGGCCUGUGCAGAGUCUGGAAAAAACUUUAGUGUGUCUGUCUGCUUGUGUUACUGAGGAUGUGAGGGGCAAUCUUUGCUCUACUCUUGUCUGUGCAAUAUGAAUUAUUCAUUUGUACCUUUCACUUUUUCUAAUUAAAAAAAAAAAUCUGAUCCAACCAAAACACCAACUGGUUCUUUUUUUUUUCCUACUUUUUUAGUAUACUAAAAAUGCAUCCUUGCAAACUAGGCUUUUUAGUAGUUUUGAUUUAUACUUUGCU